AUGGCGACCCAGACAAUCACGGCCACUGAGGCCCCAGACACCACAACUCUUCAGUUUGUCGACAUUGAUUCCUCUGUCGAAUUGACGAAAUCUGAGCAACUCAAAAUGCAGGAAGCAUGGCUCCAUCUUCUUCGACUCUGCGGAAUAACCGUGGCCCACGACACAGCGCCCGUUCUCACCGCUCAUCUGACCAGCAUGCUCACCAACAAGUCCCCAGAGUCAUUCCGCGAGAUACUGUGGAACUUUAUCCUCGCUGAGCAUCCUGAUGCGCCGGUUCUUCGCUUCAUGCGAGCGAGGAAGUGGGACGUCCGGCAGGCCAUGGAGAUGCUGGUCUCCGCCCUCAACUGGCGUGAUGAGCGACGCAUCGACCACGACAUCAUCGCCAAAGGCGAGAGCGUUGGCCUGCAGUCAGAAAUGUCCAAAGACAACCAAGGCUUCAUCAGCCAGUAUCAGUCGGGCAAGUCCUACGUCCGGGGAGCGGACAAGGAGGGCCGCCCACUCUACGUCAUCAAGGUGCGACUUCACGACCCGAAGAACCAGACGUCGCAAGCCAUGGAAAACUAUGUACUGCACAACAUUGAAAGCAUCAAGACCAUGCUGUCGUUCCCCAACGACAAGGCAUGCCUCAUCUUUGACCUGACAGGGUUCGGUGUGAAGAAUAUGGAUUUCCACGUGGUGAAAUUCCUGGUGACUGUGUUUGAGGCCAGAUACCCGGAAACGCUGGGCUUGGUUCUUAUUCACAAAGCACCCUUCGUGUUCUGGGGAAUCUGGAGCAUCAUCAAGGGCUGGCUGGAUCCCGUGAUCGCGUCCAAGAUUAACUUUACCAGCUCUACCAAGGAUUUGAUGAAGUUCGUCGACAAAGACCAGCUCCAUUGCUCGUACGGCGGCGACGACACUUGGGAAUACAAGUACAUCGACCCAGUCCCUGGCGAGAACGAGCGCAUGGAACAAGUAGAGAAGCGCAACGAGGUGCGAAGCGACCGCGAUGAGUUAGCCAAGCAGUUUGAGCAAGCCACACUGAGCUGGCUGUCAAAGGAGCCUCACAGCGAGGAGUGGGAGCAACUCAACGACAGCAGGAGGACGAUUGCAAGCCAGUUGAGGUCUAAUUACUGGAUGCUCGACCCGUACGUUAGAGCAAGAAGCUACUAUCACCGAUCCGGCAUGAUUGGGGCCAGCGGCGAGGUGGAUUUCAAGGCGGCAAAGUAA